UCUCCGUCUUCUUCAUCGAUACCCCACACUACAAUCAGUCCUCUCUCACUUUUAGUCUCUCAUGGCGUCGAAGCUGAAGAUUGCAGGGACAUGGGCGGGCGUGCUGGAGGUUGAAUUGGAGAAUUGGACCGUGCCCAUGUUGCGAGACGAAGUUGCAAAACGAUCAAACUGCGACCCCAAUUCGAUCAAUCUGAUUUGCGCGGGCAGGGUCUUGAAAGACGGCGGCGGCGAUGAGAAACUCGCCCAAGUGGGUAUCAAGAACAACGCCAAGAUUCUUGCCAGUCGGGUGUGCGCGGAGGAGGGCAAGUCGUUGAAGGAGGAGUUGAUGGCUGAGGAGGAACGCUCCCGAAGAUUGACUCGAGUCAAGGCAGCUGCCACUGCAUUGGCCAAGAGACACGCAGAUGGAUCAUUGCCGAUUGAAGACUUCAAUAUAGUUCUUGAAGAUCAAAGUGGAAAGAAAGUAGAGUUGGGAUCCGAGACUGAUCAGAGGGCAAUUAUGAUGGGCCUGAUGCUUCAUACGAAUGCAAAGCAACUAAUUCAAAGACAAAAUUACAAAGACGCGUUAGAAGUGCUUACCAUGGGAGAGGAGGCUUUCUCUCUUUGUGACCCGAAGGUUAUUGAGCUUGUUGACAAUCCUCCUAUACUCCAAAUCGAUAUGGUUUGGUGCUAUUUCAUGCUCCGAGAUAUCAGCUGGCUUGCAGUGGCAGGAGUUCGCCUUGAAAAAGCCAGAAAAGGUAUUGAGAGAGCUCAUGGAAAGGACUCUUCUCGUGUCAGACUCCUUCAGGGAGGUCGCUAUCCAGAACUUGCACUAUAUUUGAGACUGGAGCUACUGGAAGGGGUGGUUGCGUAUCAUAGUGGCCAGUACGAUAAAUCAAGGAAGGUGCUGACUUCUGCACAAGAAAAAUUCACCAAGCUACAAGUGCCAGAUGAAGCUCUAUCACUUGUUAUGAGCAUGGGAUUUAAAGAACGAGAUUCUAAAAGGGCAUUGCGGAUGAGCAAUCAAGAUGUAUCUAGUGCUGUUGAUUUUCUUGUUGAGCAGAAGGCAAAGAGAGCCCAAAAACGGGAAGAAGAUAUUCAGCGACGAAAUGAAAUUAUGGAGCAAAAGAAGUAUGGGACAACACCAUUGAAGAAAGCUGUGGAUAUCGAGAAAUUGAACCAAUUGGUAUCCAUUGGUUUUGAGAAGGAGCUUGCUGCUGAAUCACUUAGAAGAAACGAGAAUGAUGCUGAGAAGGCAUUGGAUGAUUUGACAAAUCCAGAAGUUAAUUCUUCCAUACAGGUAUACAUUGAAUCAAAGAAAAGGAAACGACAGCGCCAAGCAAUUGAUUCUUCAAUUGAAUCGCUUGUAGGCAUGGGGUUUGAAAGAUCAAGAGUGAUUGAAGCUUUUCAGACUGCUGGUGAUGGGGCAACACUGGAGCAAGCAUUGCAUCAGUUGCUCGCAGGAAAUGCAACAGACCCCACAAAUGCUGCCAACAACCAGUCUCAGGCGAUUCCCACAGCUGCCGCUGACAGCAAUAUCCCUGCUGAUGUUGCUAAUGAUAUUGUGAAUUCUCUUGUUUCAAGGCUAGAUAAUGCUGAUCAAAACGGCGAAGCUGGAGGUCCAUCAGCUACUAGUGAAGAACGUGAUGCAGAAAUGGAAGAUGCACUCGCUGGAGAACUGGCACAAGGAGAUGCAUUCUCAGACUAUGACCUUGAAGUUACUGAAGAAGGUGCGGCCAUAAGCGAGUAUUUGGCUUUGCUGGACUCGACAGGCAGAGAGUGAAAGAGCAUCGCCGUCCCAAUGACAAGAUCCCAACUCUAAGAAUAAAAGGAAAUCAUUGUAUGUGAGUUGUAUAUAUGAAAACAAAGUAGGUGAUCGACUUAGGUUUGGUGAAUGGUGAUUGCAUUGCAGUUACCUUCACAGUUACCGUUGGCAUUCCAGACGAUCAAUGUUGCUCUCUCUGUCGUUUAUCCUCACGGCAUCUCUUGCUGUUUUUGGCAUUAAUAUAAACAGCUCAUUUUGUUUACAACCCAA